GCUGCCAUCUGGUCUAAACCUUAUUGUGCCAACACGGCAGAGGCGACAGAUACAGAACACAGAACAGAUGACUGCUGACAAAGAGGAGAAGAAGGGGAGGUACCAAAAGUUGAGAGGGAAAGAAGGAGUUCCUGGAGUUCUGAAUGGAAUCUACACACACACACACACACACACACACACACACACACACACACACACACACACACACACACACACACACACACAAGCUCACUCCCACUAAUAUGACCGUAGAUGUUAACACAUGGCACACUUUGUAACCAGAGAGUUUUGUUGCUGUGCUUCGACCGGGACGAACAGAAAAUGGGAUGAUAAAACAGAACAAAGAUUAAACUGGGGAAAAAUCUAUUGAAACAGGGGAAGUGGAGAGAUAUUGUGAAGAUCCUGAUCAAUGGCAUGAGAAGAACCGAGGAAGACUGAAGUAGAGGAUGAACAGGUGUGUGCUCGCUCGUGUGUGUGUCCUCCUCUCCAUCCUGUGCCUUGCUGCUCAUUUGUAUUUGGAGCUUAAGGGAUUUCAUGUGAAGAGCUGGAGAACGCUUAUCUCUACUAAAGAACCUCAAAUGCAAACCAGGACUCAGGCAGUUUCUGUGGAAAGGGAACGAUUGAGCGGCUCGAUGUCUACGUGCUACCCGACUGCCAGACAGUACAGAAAGUCUCUCAGGUGGAAGAUAAAGCUGCAGCCAUGGGCAAGUGAGAGUCACAGCCUGGAAGAUGAGGCAUUCAGGUUUCUCAAGUACAUCACGACACCACAGGUGUCCUGUAGAAAUCCUGCAAACAGUCUGCCAGCUCAGGGAUCAUGGACACUAUGUUUGGAUAACAGAUUCAACUUGGCCCGAAGCAUCAACACCAAACACUGCCGAGUCUACUCACUCGGGGUGGGAGGAGAGGAUAAACAAUUGGAGAAAAUAUUGGCUAAAGCAGGAUGUGAGGUUCACUGUUUUGACCCGAGUAUCAGAGAGGCUCACCUGCAGGACUCGCGCAUGUGGCUUCAUCGGCUUUCCAUCGAUUGGAGGGACCUGAACCCUGCUGUCAUGAAACAGAGACAGCACAGCAGCACCAAGAAGCUUUCCGCUGUCCUCAACCACUAUGGACAUAGACAGGUAGACGUGUUGAAAAUGGACAUGGAGAGUGCCGAAUGGAAAAUCUUAGAGAAUCUGAUCCUGGAAAAUGUUUUACCCUCAGUAGGUCUCUUGCUCCUCGAGGUCCACCUGCACUGGGCCGGGUUCGAAGUGAGCGGCAACGAUCCAUCCGUAGUGCGCUACUGGUUCAGUCUGCUAAAGGAGCUGGAGAAUACACACUUUCACCUGUACCACAGUUACAGAGACUCAGCAAAACCACAUCUCUUCCUUCAGAAGAACCUACACAAUGCAAGCAGUGCUUACAUACUGGGGUGGGUCAACAGGUGCUACUCAGCACGGUGAGAUUGUUUGGGUUAAAUCGAUUAUAUAUAUAUAUAAUAUAAGGAGUCAAAGCAAUAUAUUAUUUAAAAAAGUUAGUACUUUUUUUGCAAGCAGUGUAUUUGAAUUCUGCAUGUAUCUCAACUGCAAGCUUGUGUACCGUAAGAAGAACAUACACAUAUAGCAAGAAGGAAAUAAACUGCAGUGGAGUGGAUCAACACAAAGUACUUGAUAUGAUAAUUAAAAAGAAAUCAAAAAAAAAAAAAAAUUACAGCAAGCUCUUCGACCAGAAAAACGACAUUUAGCUGACAUUUGAUUUGAAAUACUGCUACAUUCAAAUGAAGGCAUGUUCACUAUUUUCCAGAGAAAAUUCCCACUCGAGUGUUUUCUAACAGAGUCUCUGUAAUUGAACAUCACAUCUAAAGGAAUUUACUACUCCCCAUUUUGACUCACUGCCAUCUCCAACAUUUAGAUUUACAAGCAAAAUCUCUAUCCACAAACAUUACGCAGAUGCUCAGAACGCUCAGGUCUAUUACAGCUUUUCCACAGUUUAUUGAACUUUUCCACAUUUUGUAGGAUUACAACCUGGAAAUGAAACAGACUUUAUGAGAUUUUUACCAUUUGAUUUAAAUAACUCGACUAACAUUAUUAUUAUUUUUUUAACAUGGCCAUUUUGCCAGUGUAUUUUUACCAUUUUUUUUACAAAAGGUAUAUGUAAUACAUAUUUUCCCAUGAGUUAAAACUCUAAUACACAUUUAUAAUUAAGACUUUUAAUCUUAAAUUGGUAUUAGAUUUCAGAAUUCAAUUAAUGCUCACAAGAUACAGAGAGGGCUGGGAAAUUAACUCAAAAAAUGCUCAGAACUGAGGAAAAGAGUACAAACUAGUGACUUAGUCUUAAGGGACAAAACUUUAAAUAAAUGGACACGCUGGCCCUCUGGUUGUGGCACAGUGUAGAACAGCACAGAAGCAACCACAAAAACAAGAACUGUUCAGCCACACUUUAAGGAUGAUAACAUCUAUGGUUAAAAUUAAUGUUAACCCUUGUAUGAUGUUCGGGUCUGUGGGACCCAUAUUCAUAAACAUCAAUAGUUUUGAAAAACUUUGCUUCCUUGUAAAUUUGUUGAUUUUUUUUCCACUC